AUGAAAUUGUUUAAACUAAUGACUCUAUGCAGUAAAACUUCAAAAGAAUGCGGAUUCACUACUCUUAUAUUAAUUGUACUACUGAUUAUUUGGAUGAUAAUUCUUGCAUCCACUUCCAUUUUCUUCAUUUCCAAAGCAGAAAACUAUUUCAUAUCAUCAGAAAUAAAGGAAUCACUUCUUUUCAAUGCAUCUGAUGUAAACCUCCUUACUCAAGCUAACUUAGCUUAUACACUGCACAAAACAUAUUCCACGCUGUCAGGAUCUCCCUUUCAAAAAUACCCCUUGUAUUUUAGUCUGGAAAAAGAAAGGCUGGAAAAGCUGUAUGACACAAUAAGAGGUAAAAAGAAAGUGAAGAAGUUUGUCAUUUAUGGAGGAAAAAGAAUUUUUACACCUAUGAAUUUUUCCUACUGCCAUGCAAAUGAAUGUGAAGUCAUCAGUGGCAUGGAAAGAUGGCAAGAGGCUGAUGGAUUAAUACUGUCGGAUGAAAAAUUACCGAAUGGCACACGGCCAUCAGAACAGCUGUGGUUUACUCUAAUGCAUGAAUCUCCUCUAAAUCUCGCAGUUGCGGACUCUUUACAGAAUGAGGUGAACUUUACGAUAUCUUUUCGUUUGGACUCAACAAUCUAUUCGUCAUAUGGUUAUUAUGAGCCGUAUAUAAAAGCUCAUGGACCACAAACGAGAUAUCCACUUUCUUCUCGUAACUUCGCAGCUGGAAGAUCCAAAAAAGUGGCAUGGUUUGUAAGCAAUUGUCUACCAAAAAGCCCUAGAAUGAGGUAUGCGAAAGAAUUAUCACGCCAUAUACCAGUUGAUAUAUACGGUAAAUGUGGCAGGAUGUCGUGUCCGAAGAGCAAAGAAACAUAUGCUUCAAGCCCUGAAUGCUUAAAAAUGAUUCGUGAAAACUACAAGUUUUAUUUAAGCUUUGAAAACAGUUUAUGCCCUGACUACAUAACUGAGAAACUCUACAGAAAUGCCCUAAGAAACGAAAUCCUUCCAAUUGUGAUGGGAGCCUCAGUGGAAGAGUACAAAAAGGUUGCUCCGCCAUAUUCCUUCAUCCAUGUAGAUCAGUUUGAAUCACCAGCUAAACUCGCCGAAUAUCUCAAAUACUUGGACAGAAACGACACUGCAUACAAUGAAUACUUCGCCUGGCACGGUCACGUCCAUGUUAAUAAUGAAUCGCCACAUUUUCAAACGUUAACAUUGUGCCAUCAGUCUCCAUCAUUGUCAGAAAAGCAUGAUACGAUGAUAGACAUACAUAAUCCACAGACUGUGUGUGCAGUGUUAUGAAUUUAUUGUUAGACGAAUUAAGAGAACAGACGAUCAGCUUCGUUCAGUUUGUAGUCGCCAUCACUGUGUUUUCACUAUUAUGCCAAUACAUCUAUCUCUCUCCCUCGAUUUGUGUUCGUCAGUGUGUACGAUCCGUUGAAUUUGAAGGAAUUCGUCAUCACACCUGUACUUCAUUUCCCUCGAAUUUUUCUCCGAAGUAAUUCCAAUGUGAAAAUUGUAAGCACGACAUGAA